AGUCGGGCGUCAGCUGCCAGACGACACAGCGAGAGAGCGAGUCAGAACCCCAAGGCGUCAGCGGGACAGACGGACGGAAAGAAAAAGCUGCGAGAUCCUCCGAGCGGAACCCUCACGCGGCAGACUAAAGCGGAAAUCUCUGCCGAAGGAUUCUGCAGACGGUGAGAGGACCUUCUCCUCCUCCCCCUCCUCCCCCUCAGGAUGCUGCUGACGACGCUGGUGGUGGUGCUGGCCUUCCGCCUCUUCUACCGCUUCUGGUCAGGACGCUGCUCCUCCAAGAGAUCGCUGGCGGGGAAGACGGUCGUCGUCACCGGCGCCUCUGCAGGCAUUGGCAAAGAGGCUGCCAAGGACUUCCUGCGGCGAAGGGCGAGGGUCAUUCUGGCCUGCAGGAACCUGGAGAAGGCGCAGAAGGUGGCGGAGGAGCUGGUGGCGGAGACCGGCAACCCGGAGGUGGCCGUGAGGCGUCUCGACACGGCGGACCUGGCCUCCGUCAGGGCCUUCGCCGAGGAGUUCCUGAGGACCGAGGAUGCUCUGCACGUCCUGGUGAACAACGCCGGGAUCGCGGGCGCCAGGACACGCCAGGAGACGAAGGACGGCCUCGAGCUGACGAUGGCCACCAACCACUUCGGGCACUUCCUCCUGACGAACCUCCUGCUCAAGCGCCUUCAGGAGAGCGCCCCCAGCCGCGUGGUCACCGUCUCCUCCGCCGCCCACAUGGUAGUGAGGAAGCUGGACCCGAGGGACCUCAACCUCAGCGCCUCCUACGGGUCCAUGCAGGCCUACGGACUCAGCAAACUCUGCAACAUCCUUUUCGCGGCGGAGUUGGCCGAGAGGCUGCGGGGCACGGGCGUGACCAGCAACAGCCUCCACCCUGGCGCCGUGGGCCACCGAGUUCUUCCUACUACUCCGCCCUUCUAUUCCAAAUUGACCCCGUCGGACCCCAACUGCCCCUCUCACAUUCCCGUCUCUUCCCGACGCCAGGACUCCGAGCUGGGCGCCCAAACCACCAUCCACCUCGCCGUCUCCGAGGACCUGGACCGCGUCUCGGGGAAGUACUUCGAGGAUUGCAGGAAGAGGUUCUAUGCUGUGUCAAGGGUUGCACUGGGGAUCAGGUUGCAACAUGGAGCAAAGGUCUCUGGAACCUCGCUUGGAGGGUCCUGCACAGCUCCGAGCAGGGUCUCAGGUGAAGGACUCUCGUCUUCUGAAUCCUACGGCAAAGAGGCCACGCCCACCAGGAUAGCCCGUGACCGCGCCGUCGCCAAGUCCGUGUGGGAGGUGAGCGAGGCCCUGGUCAACCUGCGCCCUUCUGAGGUCAACUACUGAGGUCAAGAGGAGACGCCGGGGGGUCGCCUGCUCUCUCUCGUUCUUGCUCUU